CUUCCCGACGGAAUAGCCUACUUCCUCAAAACAAUUCUUGUACAUUCAAAUAUUGCAAAGCUGAACUUCUUUCUGUUCUUUCAUAUGAUUUUACUUUACAGUUAGACCUUGGAUUUCUCAAAAUCAUCGAAAAUGGCUACUCUUGAUCUCCCUGCUCUUUGCUCUCUCGAGGAAUUCCUCAAGCAUGACUAUGACUUCAUUGUGGUCGGUGGUGGAACGGCUGGGCUCACUGUCGCGGCAAGGUUGACAGAAAAUGCCAAUAUCAAAGUUGGUGUUCUUGAGGCAGGGGCAGCUAACAUUGGAGACCCGAUGAUUAUGAUGCCAGCUCUAUACCCCAAGAUUAUUGGAGAUCCAAAAUACGAUUGGGUGCAUUAUAGUGUUCCACAGAAACAUCUGAGCGAUCCAACCCCCUUCCAGCAACCUCGUGGUAAAGGUCUGGGGGGUUCAUCUGCCAUCAACUACCAAAUGUACGUUCGCGGCCAUGCCUCAGACUACGACGAUUGGGCAAAUCUCGGCAACAAAGGCUGGUCAUUCAAAGACCUUCUCCCGUAUUUCAAAAAGCACGAACAUUUCGACGAUCCCGCAAACUACAAGAACAAGUCCAACAUUCCACUUGAAACCAAAUACGAUGCCGGAUUCCACGGCCGUGAUGGCCCAAUUCACACCAGUUUCUCGACUUGGCGUCUCCCACAAGAGCGUGAAUGGAUCGCGGCAGCUUCAGCGCUUGGUGAUAAGAUGGGUAGUCCUAUGAAUGCGUGGAGUGGCGAUCAUCUCGGCACGUAUCAUUCGCUGAGUACUAUUGAUCGCAGUGGUGGAGAGGCGGACGGUACGAGAAGUUAUGCUGUCACGGGUUACUUGCUUCCGAAUGCACAACGGCCGAACUUGAGGGUAUUGACAGAGGCUUUGGUCGAGAGGUUGGUGGUUAGUCCGGAUGGCACUGUUUCUGGAGUUGAGUUUGAGCAUGGUGGGAAGUCCCAUAAGGUGAAUGUGAAGAAAGAAGUUGUUCUGAGUGCUGGUGUGGUCAAAACACCUCAAAUCCUCGAACUCUCCGGCAUCGGAAACCCUUCAAUCCUCACCGCAGCCGGUAUCAAACCCACCGUCGAAAACCCCCGCAUAGGAGAGAACUUCCAUGACCAUCCAGUGACAGGCUUCGGCUACGAACUCGCAGAAGGAGAACAAUCACUCGACGCAAUGCAGGAUCCUGCAUACGUCCAAACUGUCAUGGCCGAAUACGCAUCCACCCGCAAUGGGCCUCUCUCCACGGGUGGUGCAGCCAUGGGAUUCGUCUCAUACGCCGACCUCGCCACGCCGUCCGAAAUCUCCGCUUUGCAAGACCUGAUACUUUCCCCAUCUCACGGCGGACACACCGACGAAGCGAAACAGCUCCUCGCCAAAGGCAUUGCGUCGAAAGAUGAAGCGAGCAUCCAAAUCGGGUUGAUCCCCGCGAGUAUAAACCUCAAAGAGGCACGCGAUCAGACGAAGGCUCUCGCCCCGCCGCCAGACAUGGUUGGUAAACACGGAUUUAUGUUUUUCGUGAGCAUGGCGCGUCCUCUAUCUGUUGGGACCGUCCAUAUCAAAUCCUCGGACCCAAAGGUUGAUCCUGAGAUCGAUCCGGCGUACUUGUCUCAUCCGGCGGAUAUCGAGGUCUUUGCUAAAGGCAUGGCUGUAGCGGACAAGAUUGUCAAUACCAGUCCGUUCAGGGAGAAGAUUAAGCGGAGGUAUCAUCCUGAUGGUCCGCUUGAUUUGAGUGAUAGGAAUGCAGUCGAGAUGUAUCUGCGUGGCAAUGUUUCGACGCAGUAUCAUCCUUUGGGCUCGUGUGCGAUGGGUAAGGAGGGUGUUGGAGCUGUGGAUGAUAGGUUGAAGGUGUAUGGGUGUAAGGGGGUGAGGGUUGUUGAUGCAAGCGUGAUUCCGCUUCAUGUGAGCGGAAAUAUCGUUGCGACUGUUUAUGCGCUUGCUGAGAAAGGGGCGGAUCUGAUUAAGGAGGAUUGGAAGCUGUGA